AUGGCCCGCUGCAAGACGCGUCCUGCAUGCAAGAGCUUGGGCGAGCUCAUGGAGCCGCUCCAACUCGCCCAAUGCGCCAAGUGCCAUCGCCCGAUCCACAAGGCGCACAUCGACCUGCACAUGCAGCAAUGCAACGUGUGCAUGCCAGGCUCGAAACAGGCCGCCAACGACACCUUCUCGCUUGCGUCGCCGUACAAGCAAGAUGCGAGCCCUUCGUUUGCGCCCAACAGCGGUGGAACCUUUCCAGCGCUCUUGCCCAUGCACGAGCUAAAGACGCUGGCCUUUACACCGCCAUCGCGGCCCAACCUCCAGACGACGCUGCAAGUCGAGGCGACGCGGCAGAUCCUCUUUGGACAAACCACGGUCGCCAAGCGUAAGCUGCCAAAAGGCGUGACACCACCGACACCAAAGCGCCACCACGUGGCAGCGCUCGCUGCCAGCACGCCGGCCAAGCCCGCACUUCCGCGCGUCAAGCCUGUGACUCUGACCGCCAGGCCAGUGACUCUGACCGCCCAAGCCAAGAGUGAAGGCAUCCCCCCGACCACAAAAGACAUUGGCUACAAUCGCACCGGGAAGCGCAAGACUGUCCAAGAAGGCAUUGACAGUGUCGCCCAAGGUGGUGCGCGUACCACCGAGUGCACCACUCAAAGCGGUGCCGCCGUCCAAAGCCGCCAUGCCGCGCUCGGUCGGGCGUGUGGUGCCCCCGCCGCUUCUGGCCUUCCCCAAGCACGUUGGUUUCCUGCCGCCAACGCCGGUGGGGAUACUUCCCCGGAUGCUAUCGCCUACGAUGCCUCUCACGCCCCACAAGAAGACACCACGCACGACAUUUAG